ACUUUUAUAGUCCUAAACAAAGGGAAAACAAUCUUCCGCUUCAGUGCCACGCCUUCCUUGUACAUCAUAAGCCCUUUUAAUCCAUUUAGGCGGAUAGCUAUAAAGAUUUUGAUACAUUCGUUAUUCAGCAUGAUCAUCAUGUGCACCAUUUUGACCAACUGUAUAUUCAUGACAUUCAGUGAUCCACCAGAGUGGUCCAAACAAGUAGAGUAUACCUUCACAGGUAUCUAUACAUUUGAGUCGCUCACAAAAAUUGUUGCCCGAGGAUUUGCCAUCGACAACUUCACCUUUCUCAGAGACCCAUGGAACUGGCUGGACUUCAUGGUCAUUUCYAUGGCAUAUAUAACAGAGUUUGUGGACCUUGGGAAUGUCUCGGCGCUGAGAACGUUCAGGGUUCUCCGAGCUUUGAAAACUAUUUCUGUCAUUCCAGGUGAGACUCCCAUUUAAACACUAAGGCUGAGCUCAAUUUUAUUUUUUACGUCACUCUCUACCACUUUCUUUGGAGAUGGUAGGUUUGUCUUCCCCAAAACUUCUUUUGUUUUCGUAUAAUAAAAAAUGGUACAAACACAUUUUGUUAGGCUUAGCAGUCUGCUGGCAGCAUUAUGUUAAAUACAACAGCUGCUAUCUGUAAAUAGGUUUUUCUUUCUGAAGUAGCCUAGAAAUUCAUGUGCAAAAUAUUGUAAUGACUUUAAUAUUUCCUAGAAGUUGACUUUUAGGAGGUCAGUGAGUUUUAAAAUCUGUAUCAUCUUUGCACAUUUGGUUUACCUCCAUUUUUUACUCCAAAUUCCUGUGACUUUAAAAUACCUUUAAUUAGACUGCCAAGCCUAAUCUGAUAAAACAUUAAUGCUGCAUGAAGCUUUGAGAGAUGCUGUCCAAGUUUGGCUUUAAGAAGCUUUCUUUUUUUUUUUCAUUUAUUUCAUUUUUUAGUGUAAAAAGUUAAAAGAUGUAGGUUCAAUUUAUCUACUCAUCCUGGAUCUGAUCGUUAAAUAAAUGAAUAWAUGAGUGUAACCCUGAGCAGUGCUGUGCGUGUACCAGUCAGUAGUUUUACAAAGAAACAUAAAACAUAUAAUUACUGCUCCUGUAGCGUUCUACGUUUGUUUUACUGCACUUUUUUCUUUACCCUGCCUUCCAGCAGCAAGUUGUCACCUAUUUGUUUAAUUAAACUGAACAAAUAUCAUUCUCAAUAUUACAUGUGUAGCUAAACAAUCCACAUCAGAAGAACUUUAAAAGAYCAUUUAACAGCUGUUUUUUUUCUUACUUUUUUGUUUCAAACAUUCUUUUCAGCUUAGUUUUGUUUUGCACACUUUUCACUGCUUUGAAACUACUUAAMUAGGGUUACAAAAAUAUCUGGUUAAAGUCUUGAAAAAUACAUGUWAUGGGGUAAAAUACUUUGCUUUUUCAACACUAUUGAUGAUGUGAGUGGAUGGUAACACCUUGCUGAAUCUCCCUCUACGUGCAAGAAGAAUCUAAAAGAGUGUAAAAAACUGAACUAGURGCUUCUUUCACUGUAUACACACAUCUUUAUGUGUUUAAAAUAUAAUACAUACCCAAUACAUCCAGCACUAUAAAAACAUGGACAAAUAAGUGCUCAGGARAGGAACUUUUAUUUUGAGCUGUGUCAUCAACACAUAUAGAGUUGAUGCUGAUUCAGUCAUUUCUUUCAGCCUUGGCGUUUAAAUGAUCUGCAUGGCCCCUCUCAUGAACCCCAAACUCCACCCCUUCAGGCCCCAAACCCUCCUUGCAUGUUGUCUUUUCUCUUCUGUAUUUCCUGCACUGAUUGAUUUURGUGCUGCUGGGUUUGAAUGAUUUGUUGAAUCCAGUAUAACUGUUAUCUGAAGCUAGUUGGAGAUGUUUCCAUAAAACAUGUUUCCUCUUCAGAAUGGUCCUAUGUUCAGGUGGAGAGGCYAAUGUCGACCCUCAUGGCAAAACARAAAACACUGYCUUCUAAUUUAUUUGAUCUGUUUAUGUCCACGUGAUUCAUUCAUGUUAAAUAAAAACAAACAAAAUGUGAUUUAUUGUCUUCUGAUGGAAACAUCUGUACAGCUUCAGUACAAAUACUGAACUUACUAAAUGGCUCACUUCAAAUAACACUURUGCUUCCUUGUAACCAUAUUCUUUUCUAUUAGGUAAUUUUUACUAAAUUACUUUUCAUAAACCUUUCAUUUUAUUGAGAUAAUAUUUAAAUGAUAAAUCAGCUGCUUUUUACUUAAAUCUCACCAA